AUGCAUGCCAUCUACUGCAAGUCCGGCCUUGGCAACGAAACCUACUCCCCUUCCUUCUUCUUCCAGACCAACUACGACGACAAGUUCCACCAUGCCAUCCUUAAGGCCGAGCAGGGCAUGUUCUCUACCGUCGCCUCCCUCCUCACCAAGACCGUCGUCCACCCCUCCCGCAUCACCGUCCUCAUCGUCGCCUGUAGUAUGUUCGCCCCCUCCCUCUCCCACUCCUCCCUCAUCGUCCACUGCUUCCUUCUACCCCCCUCCGUCAAGACCUUCGCCUCCUCGAUAUGGGCUGCAGCCUCGGCACCAUGUCCAUCAAUCUCACCUUCAGGAUCAAGUAUGGAUGGAAUACUCUUACCCCAGUGGCCGUGCUAUCCGAUCCAUGAUUCGGUCGGUUUAUCAUGGGUCGAUCGGUUCACCGAGUCUUCACAAUUUUUUACGAGCUGA